CGCGCGCACACAUACAGUACCUCUCUCUCAUCUAUCGCAUCUUCAUUCCUCGUCAUCAGCUUAGAUCAAUGGAGGGGACGAGGAGGCCUGCCGCUGCGUGCUGCCUGCUGCUCAUCGUCCUGCUGUCCGGGCAGCAGCAGCAGGUGGCCGCCAUGACCAAGUUCUGCCGCUGCUACAAGAAGUGUUACGCGGACUGCAGGACGACCAGAGGCCCCUACCCUUGCAACUUCGAGUGCCUGCAGGACUGCGUCAACGGGCAGCCGCCGCCGCCACUUCCGGCCGACUGCAACGACGCCUGCCUCGUACGCGUCUGCGGCGUCAUGGAGACUGCAGGUGAUCUAUUCUGAGGCCACCUACUCGCUUCAAUUCCUUCUUGGAUUCUCUUCACUAUUACUAGCUUAAAUUCCUUCUCUGAAACUAAACCUGUUCGCUUGCUGUAUUGCGUUUCAGCUAUGGCUGCGCCAGGUGAUGCUGAGGCUUGUGUGGCUGCCUGCAACAAGAAACUCGGAGCCUUUGCACCAAGUGCCGCCAAGACCAACUGACGCAUCAUGCAUGGACUGCAUGCAUGGUGACUUGAGAGUCGCACAACAGAGUUCCACCAGUGCAAUGCAAUAACUAUUAUUGGAUGUUCAACCAAUUAUCUGUCAUAAUAGAAUAAUAAACAAUGCAAUAAUAUAAUUCCAUCA